AUGGAUUAUAAAGGCGAACCAAUGCAUCCCAACUAUGAUAGCCAUUAUGCACGCACAAGUCCCAAUGGUGGCGAACCCAUAUCCAACGAAGGAGAACCGUUCUAUGAAGAAUUUGUUAUUAAAGAUAAUGGUAGAAUAUUACCAUUGUUUAUAGUUGGUAUACGACGUGCCUAUCAUUGUGCAAUUUGGCGCGAUGCGAAGAUUGCCAAUGAAGUAAAUUCAAGUAUCUUAGAAGAUAUGCGACGUCGCUUAGCUUUCAAUAUUUAUGAAUCGAAAACAAGCGAGGAUACUUUAAAUAUUUUAAAAUCGAAAUUUUCUGAUGACGAAAUGAAUUGUGCUUUGAUCACCAACGGUGCACAUGGCGGACGAGAGCUAGUUAUCGAAAGUCGAAAACUUCGUUUGACUAUUCCUAUUGUUGUUUACUGUAAGAAAAAAUCUUUUCAUCAACAAUGGGCAACAGAGUUAGGUGGUCGUGAAAUCAAAGUUACCGGCAAUGCAGAAGAAACUUUACAGUUUGUCAUGGACGCACUUAAAUGA